AUGGAGAGUUUAAAUACCAAUACAAUCAAGCGAUCUAAAUGGGCAUCAGACGAAAGUGAAGAAGAUAUCAAACCCCAAGAGCCAAAAAAACAUAAAAAGAAAGAAAAGAUCACCAAACCCAAUUCCGAUUCUACAUCAGCAGUUCGACUCGCAACCAUUUCUGCUGCUCCUCCCGUGUCAGCACCAGCACCAGCACCAGAACCAGAGCCAGUACAAACACAAACACAAACACAAACUAAUCGGAUCCCACGUCCCACAAGCCCCCCACCAAAUCCUCUACUGUCUGCAUGUCGCAGCGUUGAUUGCUAUGAGCGUUUAAAUCAUAUUGAAGAAGGAUCGUACGGAAUUGUGUUCCGAGCGCGCGAUAGAGAGACGGGUGAUAUAGUCGCCUUAAAGAAGUUAAAGCUCGAGAAAGAGAAGAAUGGAUUUCCGGUCACUAGUUUGAGAGAAAUCAAUACACUGAUGAUCGCCAAACAUCCUAAUAUUGUUAAUGUACGCGAGAUUGUAAUGGGUAACCAUCUUAACCAAGUGUUUAUUGUCAUGGAUUUUAUUGAGCACGAUUUAAAGACAUUGAUGACAGAUAUGCGAGCACCUUUUUUCCAGUCCGAAGUUAAAACAUUGAUGAUCCAGCUAUUAUCCGCAGUGUCAUUGAUGCACGAAAAUUGGAUUAUCCAUCGUGAUCUCAAGACAAGUAACCUUCUGCUAAAUAAUCGAGGCGAGAUCAAAGUUGCAGAUUUUGGACUGGCUCGCAAGUAUGGCAGUCCGAUGGGAAACAUGACACAAUUAGUGGUGACUUUGUGGUACAGAGCACCCGAGCUUUUGCUGGGAGCCAAGGAAUAUACCACAGCAAUUGAUAUGUGGUCAAUUGGAUGUAUUUUUGCUGAAUUAAUUAAUAACGAACCAUUACUACCUGGUCGGAGUGAGAUCGACCAGAUUGACAAGAUUUUCAAACUAUUGGGAACACCUAGUGAAGAGGUUUGGCCUGGAUUCACAAGUUUGCCACACGCCCAAAAUGUUGCCUUUGUAAAACAACCUUACAGCAAUUUGCGAAGUCGGUUUGUUUGCAUGACAGAAGCAGGCAUUGACCUCAUGUCUCGUAUGCUGACUUAUGAUCCUGCAAGACGAAUUACAGCCGAACAAGCCCUGAAACACCCAUUCUUUAGUGAAACACCUUAUCCAAAGGAUCCAGCUCUUUUCCCAACUUGGCCAUCCAAAGGGUCCGGAGAAAAGCGAAAAGUCCACAGCCCAUCGGCACCUCAGGGAGCACACGCAGGAAUGGAUGAUGAUGAAGAUCCAGGAUUGGAAGGAACAUUAUUUGCAGGACAAUCCGAAUCUACUGGUUUCCGACUCAAAUUAGCUUGA